AUGAACGGAUUUGAGAACCGGAUAUACCUGGCGCAGAUCGGCCAGGUCACCCUGUCGGAUUGCCUGGCCUGCAGCGGCUGCGUGACCAGCGCCGAGACGGUGCUCUUGCAAGAGCAAAGUGGUGACGAGUUCCUGAAGCGCGCCGAGACUUCGCCUCUGACGGUCGUCUCGAUCUCUGCAGAGGCGCGCACCUCCAUCGCCGUCCACAACCGCGAGGACCCUCUUCUGACCCUGCGCAGGGCCGCGGAGGGCUUGCGGCGCCUGGGCGCCGACCUCGUGCUUGAGGCCUCGGCUGCCGAGGCCGUGGCCCUCCUGGAAGGCCAAGCCGAGUUCCUGCAGCGCUUCCGCAGC